CGCGCGCAACACACAAAACACAAAAUGGCCGAGAAGAAGAGAAAGAGAAACGAGGAGAGUGCCGAGCGGCCCAGCAAGAAGACGGCAGUCGCGGCGCAGGGAAGCGUGAAAGUAGAGCUCCUGCAAGAGGAAGCGCUAGGCCCGCUGCUUGCUGCGACACCAGGCCUUAAGCUCCCCUCGCGCAUCAAUUUCAAGCCGUACCAGCACACCAAGAUCCUCCCAAAGUCCACUGUCACCUCACUUCUCCUCCAGUCCUCGGACCACGCCCGUCUCGACUACGCCGCACAGCAGGAGCAGGAUGGCAGCGCAGGGAGUCAGCUUAAGGACUAUGUCGGCGUUUUCGAUCCAGAGACGAAAAAGCUGCAGAUCGUGCCGGUCAAGAGGGUGACAGUUCGAAGCACAUUGCGCAGUGAAACACAGGAGCUUCAAGAAGAGCAGGCUCGCCUGGAGGCAGCACAAGGCACCAUGACCGCUAAGAGGCAUGCGCUCGCCGCUGAGUUCGGUUCCAAGAAGUCAAGGAAGAGGAUUGACGACAUCACCAUGAACUCCAUCCGCAGCGGAGCACCAGAAGAGCAGCACAGGAACGAGGGCGUAGCAGAGAAUGUCCUGACAAACAUGGCCGAAAACACCUCCGCGAUGCCCACCAAGGCCGAGCUCGCAGCAGCUCUCGAUAGCUCCAAGCCGCGACCGACGCCAAAUCUCGCCGCAGAGUUCCCUGGCGACGUUUACACAUUCGAUUCUGUGGUUGGAGGCGAGCUUAUGGGCCUGAUCCCAGUGAAGGACUGGAUGGACGCUUCAGAAAAAGGCCAGGGUGUACAAGUGAACAGCAAAUACGUCGCAAAGCGCAUCUUGAAGCUCUGCAGAAACAAGCAGGUCCAGAAGCUAAAGGCUUUGCGUUUCGUUUUGCUUUGUAUCAACUUCAACGCAGCAUUGGCAGGCCAAGCUGGAAGAUUCGCAAGGAAGAUCCCGCCAAAGGGCAAGUUGGAGAGCCUGAUGAACGAGGAGGACAACAUUCCGCUCGUCAAUGCCAUCAGAAGGAAAUUUGGCUCCGAAAACAACGAUAUGCCUCGCUGGAACAUCGACAACCUGAUGACCCACGUUGCAGCAGCAGCUCUCAUCGUAGACGACUUCGAAGUGGAUGUCAACGACCUCCGUGAGGAUCUGAAGAUCGAGAACAAGGAGAUCAAACAGUACUUCCACGAGCUAGGCUGCAGAGUCGUCCCACCUAACCAGACAGACAUGACGAAGUUCAAGCUGACUAAGGCCGAGUCGAAUAACCACCACAUCGCAAAGCUGCGCCUGCCGCUGGCGUUCCCGAGGGUGAACAUACCCACCAAGAAGAGGAGAUGAAGACCACGCGAGGAUACAAGCAUCAAAUAAGCAUUGAGACUCCACGGAGCCUUGUAUUUCCAUCAACGUUUACAUCUCUCAGUCUUCGUGUGGAGCUCAGCCAAUCAUGAAGUCCAUGCCGUCACCCGUAGAGCACAACCCACGCCCGUCCCAAAGCGAACCACCCCAAACCCCAUUCAGCCGUGGCAGACCCACGGAUCUCACUUCGCAGCGUCCAGAUACAUCAUCGAGACCCCAUACUCGUCAUGCGAAAAUGCUCAUUUGCGACUUAGCCCAUAUACUCAUGAUGACAUCACCACAAACUACCACAUCGUGACGCAGCCACAUGAUACCACAGCCGCAAAGACAGUAUAUAAUAUGAAAUAGC